ACACAGAAUAAGGCUUCGACAAUUUCAAAAACAUACGAUUAUUUUUAGAAGGAAAUUACUUAUUUUAUUUUAUUUUAUUUUUGUUUUGUUUUAUUAUUAUUAUUUUUUUUUUGGGUCUAAUUUGCCAUUUGGCAAUGGCUACUUAAGAAACAAAAAACCCUAUUUUGACAGAUCAUGCAGGCCAAACAAAUACAACCCAAACCCGCUCCGUAUCUGUAGCUCCAUUGAAGUACUCCUUCCUAAUACUGGGAGCCCCACAAUCUGUUUGAUCAAAUGUCCCAGUGACAGCCACUUAAACCUUAGGCUUUCUGGGCUACGUUCUAAUCAUCAACAAUGAGGUUGUAUAAUGGGUUUAAGGAAAUUUUAAAGAUUCAGAAGUUUCGCAGAAUUGUUUCAUAUACUGGAUUCUACUGCUUCGUUUCGGUAUUAAGUUAUGCAUAUACAAGCAAUACAACUAGAGCUGGGUAUUCUAGAGCUGAUCAAUUCUAUGCAUCUUACCCUGCAGGAACUGAGCUCUUGACGGACACGGCAAAGUUGUAUAAAGCUGCGCUAGGCAAUUGCUUUGAAGCAGAAGAAUGGGGGCCUGUUGAGUUCUGUAUCAUGGCUAAACACUUCGAGCGUCAGGGGAACUCGCCAUAUGCUUACCAUUCUCAAUACAUGGCACACCUCCUGUCUCUUGGACAACUUGAUGGAAGUGGCUAAAAGGGAAUUGACAGUAAGCUCUGGGAAUGAAAAGUGCAGAAUUUUGUACCAGAAUGAACAUCAUAUAAAGCAGUAGAGCAGCACCUAAGCUUAUUUGAACUAAAGGAUUAAUUAUUUUGACCUCACUGUCAUCUUUUGUAAGUCUCAUGAUAAACCUGUCAUCUUUCCUUUUUUCCAUAUGUUCAGGGACGAAAAACAAAAUCUGUGGUAUAAUACUAAUGUAUAACUAUUGGCAUAUCUUUAUGGAUGGUUUACAAACUCAAAACAUAUUAUAACAA